CUUCAUGAUUGGUGGUCUGGCUGUCAUCCUCCCGAUGGGCAAGCUCUACGCCAUCUACAAUCCGAAAUGGGUCUACAUCGUUUCGUUCAUCAUUUUCCUGGCUGCAUCUGCCCUUUGCGGCGCAGCCCCCACGAUGGAGGCUGAAAUCGUAGGCCGUGUCUUUGCCGGCGCCGGCGGCAACGGCAUCUACUACGGACUGCUGGCGCUGCUGUCGAUGCACACCACAACCAAGGAGCGUCCGCAGUAUCUCAGCUACACUGGCCUCGUCUGGGGUCUCGGCACCGUGCUCGGCCCCGUCGUCGGCGGUGGUUUCGCCCUCUACGACUGGCGCUGGGGCUUCUACAUCAACUUGCUCUUUGGUGCCAUCCUCCUGCCCGCCUACCUCUGGGCGAUCCCCUCCACCGCCGCCAUGCCCGACAAGACGCAGUGGCAAAAGCUUGUCAUGCUCGACUGGCCGGGCAUCGUUCUCAGCGUCGGCGCCAUGGUGACCCUCGUCAUUGCCAUCAACUUUGGCGGCGUCGACUGGGCUUGGGGCAGCGGCGCCAGCAUUGCGCUCUUCGUCGUCUCGGGCGUCCUCUGGAUCGCCUUCGGCGUCCAGCAGACUUUCUGCAUCUUUACCGACAAGGAGAAGCGCCUCUUCCCCUCCCACCUGCUUCGGCAGAGGAUGCCAGUACUUCUGUUUGUCGCCUGCGCCUCGGUCGCUUCCGUCGCCUACACCUCAGUCUACUACAUCCCGCUCUAUUUCCAGUUCACCCGGGGCGACUCGGCCAUUUACACCGCUGUCCGGCUGCUGCCGUACAUCUGCGUUCUCAUCACCGCCAUGCCCCUUAGCGGUUGGUAUCUCUCCAACUACGGAUGGUACAAGCCGCUCUAUAUCGGCGGGAGCUCCAUCGCCCUCCUCACCUCCGCCCUCAUGGCUCACUACGUCGACCGCGAGACCGCUGUUGGCAUCUUCUACGUUAUCGAGCUAUUCCUGGGCGGCAGCACCGGCGCCUACACGCAGUCUUCCUUUGCCGUCAUCCAGUCUGCCGUUCCGCCCGCCGAAGCUGGGAAUGGUCUUGCCUUGAUGCUCAUCUCCCAGCUAGGAGGCAUGACCCUCGGUCUCUCUAUCAGCGGUGCCGUCUUCGUCAACACGGCUGUCCGGAACCUCGAAGCAGCCAUCGACCUUCCCCGCCAUGAGCUCACGCAGCUCGUUGCUGGCGCCUCGAACAACCUUCUCGAAACCUUGUCCCCCGCCAUGCGGAUCCAGAUCCUGGACAUCAUUGUCGAGUCGUGGCGGAAGGCUUUCAUCAUCAUUUACGCCGGGGCUGCGGCUAGUCUGGUGGCAGCCAUCUUUUUCCGGAACGGAAAAGCCAACGUUGUGGCUGCCGGCGGUCUGUAGGUUGGGGACUUUGUAAUAUACGAGAUCAUCAACCGCGCCGCUUUCCUUGCGCCGCGUCGCUCUGUCGGCCAUUUGAGGAAAGGAGUACGGCCGCGGCGGCUCUGGCUCUACAAGCAUAUCGCCGCGAACAUAGCGUAGCUACAUUUCUUCGUUUCGUCGCUGUACCCAAUAUCGUGUGAACGUAAAGAUAUAUUUAAUAUUUGGACGGGCUGUUAGACUGAAAUUUUCCUUGGGCAUGAAAGUGGUUUGGAUACCAGAUUGGGUAGAGUCUGAUAGACCGUUACAUAGACUCUGGCUAGGAUAACUUUAUUAACCGUCUGGUUCUGGUUUUUCUUUAGAAGACUUCAUC